UAGCAUGCCGGUUUGAUCACCACGUUGUUUCCUUGCAGAAGUUUGGAUAGUAGGAUCAUGUCUAGUGCUGAGAUCCAGCGGUCUAAUGCAGCAGCUGAACCGGAGAUGGCCGUCUCGCUGCCUCAGAAGCGCUAUUACAGACAGAGAGCGCACUCUAACCCUAUGGCUGACCACACGUUUGAGUAUCCGGUGAAGCCAGAGUUAAUGGAUUGGUCGGAAUACUAUCCAGAGUUUUUCAAGCCUUUGUCCUCUGAUGGCCGUCAUGAUGAUGCAAAGGAUUUGGAGGAAGAGAAGGUUCAAGAGCAUCAGGUGGAAUUUGCAGACAUCGGUUGUGGAUAUGGUGGUCUUUUAGUUGAGUUGUCACCCCUGUUCCCAAACAAACUCAUGCUUGGACUGGAAAUCCGCGUGAAGGUGUCUGAUUACGUGCGAGACCGGAUCAAAUCGCUGAGGAUCGCUCAUCCUGGCCAAUACCAGAACAUUGCUUGCAUCCGUAGCAACGCCAUGAAGUAUCUGCCUAACUUCUUCAAGAAGGCCCAGUUGAGCAAGAUGUUCUUCCUAUUUCCUGAUCCUCACUUCAAGAAGACAAAGCACAAAUGGAGGAUUAUCAGCCCUACCCUAUUAGCCGAGUAUGCUUAUGUGCUGCGUGUAGGGGGCCUGGUAUACACUAUAACAGACGUGGAAGAGGUCCAUGACUGGAUGGUGAAGCAUUUCACAGAGCAUCCACUCUUUGAGCGGGUUUCAAAAGAACAGCUGGAAGGUGAUAUAAUUGUGGAUAAAUUGGGAACCUCCACAGAAGAAGGAAAGAAGGUCCAGCGUAACAAAGGCCAGAAUUUCCUGGCAGUGUUUUCCAGAGUAGAAAACAGGACAUUUAGAGAUCGUGAUUCCUAGUAUUUGUUUUUGGUUUAACAUUGUUUUCAUCCAAGUCUGUUUCAUUUUCUGAAGGACUAAUUGCAACAAAGUGGACAGUUACCUUAAAUGCUGAAGAUAAACGGCCGUGGAUAGUAACUUAUUACUUACUUCCCAACUGCAUUAAGAAUUCCAUGCUCCAAGUGGCCUUCCUUUCUGUGUGGAAGGUGCCUGGGUAUUCCAAAUUCUCUACGAAUACAUCUCUAUAUUUAAGCUUCAGUAGGAGGAAUGAAGCACCCAGCCGAUAUUUAGACCUGUUAUUCUGAAUACGUGUGAUAAGAACCAAGUGCCACAUACCUUCUAUAGUCUCCAUCAUAUAUGUGUGGCUCUGCAUGUAUUGGGGGUUAGGUUGAUAAAAUGUUACUUCUGGCUCUCGUUUCUGUGCAUUCAACCAUUCUUUUACAUUUUACCAGUCUUCAGCAUUUGCAUUAUUUGAGCAUACUUUUCAUUGUAUUCUGCUGCUGUAUGCCCCCAAUGGUGGCCAAAUGCAAGUGUACAUGAUAAAUCUGUUCAUGUACCAAAAUAGAAGACUUGGACUCAAAGAUAAUUAUGCAUUAAAAUUUAGUUUUUAUUCUU